AUGGAGAAGAUCAGAGAGAAAUUGAACAGCUUGAAGCUUGAAUCUGAGACGUGGCAAGAUAAGUGCGAGGAGUUGAAGGAGCAAGUGAAGCAGUUGGAACAAGAAAAGACUGACAAUGAGAACUUGAUCAAGUCCUUGACUACUAAGAACCAAACUUUGGAGGAGGAAGUUGAGAAUCUAGAGGCUCAGGUGACUGAACACAAGCAAUUGGCUGAAGAUUCUACCAACUUGAAGUCUCACAACGAGAGUUUCAGCAAGAAGAACCAGCAAUUGGAGGAGGAGUUGGAAGAGAGCGAUGCUAAGUUGAAGGAGACUACUGAGAAGUUGAGAGAGGCCGACUUGAAGGUUGAGCAAUUGGAGAGAAAGGUUACUUCUUUGGAACAAGAGAGAGACGAUUUGGAGAAGAAGUACGACGAUUUGCAAAGCAAGUACGAAGCAGCUAAGGCUGAGUUGGACGAAAUCUCUGCUUCUUUGGAAAAUUUAUGA